ACAACCCGCGCGCGUCCGUCCCAGCGGGAACGCACAGUCAGUGCACGCACCGCUUUGUGCUGUCAGCGAGACGGUUAAGGCGCAGCAGCUGGCAGCGACCGCCGCUGUCCGGUAGCUCUGCCAGGGUUCGCCGGCAUUGCGCUCCGCCGCGCGCAACGCCGCUGGCGACCGAUCUGCUGCGGGUACAGCAGUCAUUGCUCGUGUGCGUGCAGCCGUGUCAGUGUGAGCAGGUGAUUAGUGGCUAGCGAUGGGCGGCGUGACCUGAUUGCUGGAAUGUCGUCGCCGUGCUACAGAGGCCCGCCCAGACCUGGCAACGCUGCCGCGCCUCAGCCGCCGGUCUCAGCGGCCGCCGCCACUGCCGUGCGUAGCUCGCCCACGGAGCUAAGAGAUGGCACCACCCGUAUCCCGGCCAGGUGCGGGGGCACGUACUCUCUGGCGUGCGCGCGUGUGUCCGUGUCGCCGGUGGGAGGCAGCCACGCGGCGAACGACGCGCCGCCCCGCGGAGGCGCGCCAAACAACGAGGCGGACUGCUGCUGCGGAGUGGCGCAGCUGUUGCACUCCCGGAUCCCCACAGCCACCGACACGGCCGCUAUUAAUAGGCGCGCCGGUAUCUUUAGCCGCAUAAAUAGUAGCGAAGCGGCGCGCGCUCAGCCAGUGUCGGAUCUGCAGCCUCGCGUCUACCGGUCGACGUUCGAAUGGUCGCGCCUCGGUGAGGCGGGCGCCAUCGCCGUCGCCACCGCCCCCGCCCCCGCCGCCCCCAGCGCGCGGCGCGUCGCCGUGCGGACCAAGCCGCAGCUCCCCGCGUCCCUGCGGCCGCCGGCCACCUGCACCUCUGCCCACGCCGCCCUCGACGUGGCCGACGACGAGCAGCCGCGGCCCGGCGCCGCGCGCCGCAACGCGCUGGACCGGCUGCAGCGCUUCCGGCUGGAGCGCUCUGGCCGGAGGAGCCCCGCCCCCUGCACCCCCGCCUCGGCCGCCACCGCCGCCGGCAGUGCGCACGCGCAGAGCCCGAGCGCGGCCCCGCCCCCCGCCCCUCCGCCGCACCGCAAGAAGCCGGCGCGCACUAGCGACAAGACGGAGCGCCUGCGGGAGCUCACCGAGAAGCUCAAGGGUGGCGAGCGCAGGCCGCCUCCGCCCCCGCCGCCGCCGUGGACUUCUCGCCGUCGGACGGAAAGUACAUCCGGUGCGUGGCGCGCGCCAGCCCGUACGCGUUGCCAGCUGCGGCACCGCCGCCAACGGCUGUACCACCUCCGACGGCGGCAGGUGGUUCCCUGA